CGCUCACACACACACAGGGGAACACCGGAGAGCGCCGUACCCGGACAAGCAGGCCUCUAGGCCCCCCUAGCCGCUUCCUGGUUACCAGCUGCCGUUGUCAGGGAGGGAGGAGAGGGAAAAGCGGGGGGGUCACGGCGGAGGGUCAAAGGGGAAAGGUCACCCACCCAGCAUCCUCCGGGUUGGAAACACAGCCAUCUUGCUUCUGCGAGACAAGAAAAUUCAUGCGGUGACAUACAGCAUGUUUGGUGCUUCAAGAAAGAAGUUUGUAGAAGGAGUCGACAGUGACUACCAUGACGAGAAUAUGUAUUAUAGCCAGUCGUCGAUGUUUCCGCAUCGGUCGGAAAAAGAUAUGCUGGCAUCUCCAUCACCAUCCGCGUCGGGUCAGCUGUCCCAAUUUGGGGCUAGUUUAUACGGGCAACAAAGUGCACUAGGCCUUCCAAUGAGGGGGAUGAGCAACAAUACUCCUCAGUUAAAUCGCAGCUUAUCACAAGGCACUCAGUUACCAAACCAUGUAACGCCAACCACAGGGGUACCAACAAUGUCACUUCAUACGCCGCCAUCUCCGAGCAGGGGCAUUUUACCGAUGAAUCCCAGGAAUAUGAUGAACCACUCACAGGUUGGACAGGGCAUUGGAAUGCCAAGCAGGACAAAUAAUAUGAGCAGUUCAGGGUUAGGCAGUCCAAACAGAAGCUCGCCCAGCAUAAUAUGUAUGCCAAAGCAACCGCCAUCCCGACAACCUUUUACUGUGAACAGUAUGUCUGGGUUUGGCAUGAACAGAAAUCAGGCGUUUGGUCUGAACAAUUCGUUAUCGAGUAACAUUUUUAAUGGAACAGAUGGCAGUGAAAAUGUGACGGGUUUGGACCUUUCAGAUUUUCCAGCAUUAGCGGAUAGAAAUCGAAGGGAAGGAAGUGGUAACCCAACUCCUUUAAUAAAUCCUUUGGCUGGAAGGGCUCCCUAUGUUGGCAUGGUAACGAAACCAGCAAAUGAACAGUCGCAGGACUUCUCAAUACACAACGAGGAUUUCCCUGCAUUACCAGGCUCCAGCUAUAAAGAUCCUACAUCGAGCAAUGAUGACAACAAAUCUCCCUCUUCUCCCUUUUUUUUUGUUUUUGUUUGCAUGCAGAAUUUAAAUACGCCAGGAAAGACCGUUUCAACAACAGAUGGACCCAAAUUUCCAGGAGAUAAAAGCUCCACGACGCAAAAUAAUAACCAGCAGAAAAAAGGGAUUCAGGUUUUACCUGAUGGCCGCGUUACCAACAUUCCUCAAGGUAUGGUGACAGAUCAGUUUGGCAUGAUUGGCUUGUUAACAUUCAUCAGGGCAGCUGAAACAGACCCAGGGAUGGUACAUCUUGCGUUAGGAAGUGACUUGACAACACUAGGCCUCAAUCUCAACUCUCCAGAAAAUCUUUAUCCGAAGUUUGCAUCGCCAUGGGCAUCCUCGCCGUGUCGACCACAAGAUAUCGAUUUCCAUGUCCCUUCUGAGUACUUAACGAACAUUCACAUUAGGGAUAAGUUGGCUGCAAUAAAACUUGGCCGAUAUGGAGAAGAUCUUCUUUUCUAUCUAUAUUACAUGAAUGGAGGGGACGUUUUACAGCUUUUAGCCGCAGUCGAGCUUUUCAACAGAGACUGGAGAUAUCAUAAAGAAGAGCGGGUAUGGAUAACCAGGGCACCUGGAAUGGAACCAACAAUGAAAACAAACACAUACGAGAGGGGAACAUAUUACUUCUUUGACUGUCUUAACUGGAGGAAAGUUGCAAAGGAGUUCCAUUUGGAAUAUGACAAGCUAGAAGAAAGGCCUCAUCUGCCAUCCACCUUCAAUUACAAUCCUGCUCAGCAAGCCUUCUAAAGACUUCCCUGUUCAUGGGGUAUGGCUGUCUCAGCACAAUACUCAACUGCAGAACUGAUGUGGCUCAGGCAUCCUGGUUUUAAUUCCUUGAGGAUCUGGCAAUUGUCUCAUGCAAAGGGAUCAUCACUUGAGGUCCUGCCUUACUAAUUAUGUGCUGCCCAACAACUAGAAUUGUCAUUUUUUUUUUUUGUUUUUGUUUUUUAGUUUGAGCAGGGUCUGUAUUUUUUUUUUUUUCCUCUUUUGUUUUUGUUUCCAUUUUAUGCCAGCAGACAGACCUAGGUCUGUUCACCACAUACCAGUACAGUACACUGACAAAGUUUACCACUUUUUCAAAAUGUAAAAAGGAAGAGCGAAAGAGAGUGAGAGAGGGAAAAAAACAAAAUAGACAGCAAAGUUUGCAUUGUUCAUUGUAGCACCUUUGGUAAUAAACGAAACACAUGUUUGCAUUUUUAUGUGAAGAUCCUUCUCGUAUUUCAUUUGGAAAGAUGGGCAAGGUCACCUUCCUUCAUUUUACUCCCCAUUCUGUUCUGAAAGGCGAUUUUAGGCCUUGUUCAGCCCCUUCUCAGCCAAUGGGGCUUGUAUCUCAUUGCAGCGCAAAGAUCUACAUGCCCCCGUGACCGGGAAUGGGCAAACAAGAACUCACUAUUUAGAAGAAAAAGAGAUUGCCGCAACCUUUGGACAAUUUCCAGAGUUGUGUAUUACUGAGCUUCAUCUUUCCAGAAUGAGCAAAACACUGUCCAGUCUUUGUUACUAUUUUGUAAUAAAUGUGUACAUUUUUUUUAAAUUUUUGGACAUCACAUGAAUAAAGGUAUGUAUGUACGAAUGUGUAUAUAUUAUAUAUAUGACACCUAUUUUGGAAAUGUUUGCCCUGCUGUACCUCAUUUUUAGGAGGUGUGCAUGGAUGCAAUAUAUGAAAAUGGGACAUUCUGGAACUGCUGGUCAGGGGACUCCAUUGUCGCCCUGUGCACUAAAGGGCCAGAUUUUCAGCAGCCAAGGACAUCCAUACCCAAGUGAACAUGAUGGGACUUAAAGAAGUGAACUGAGACAAUUCACUCUGGCUGUUUGAACAGCAGCGUUUCAUAGGAAGAAAAAGAUCAAUCUUGUAUUUUCUGACCACAUAAAGGCUUCUUCUCUUUGUAAUAAAGUAGAAAAGCUCUCCUCACUGCAGUGUUGGCUUUGUUUUGAGAAUGUGAAAUCAUUUGUGCGAUCAUGACCAAGGUUUCCUUUAUUAUGAAAUAAGAAAUGCUGUAAGUAGUGAUAAUGGUAAGUAUAGCGGUAUUUGGCUGGAAAGAGCUACCGCUAUCAGUGACUCAUGUGUCCAUAAUUAACCGAAGAAUUGUCAGGUCUCCCAUUCGCUAGCCAUAAAUUGUAUUUAGAAUUUCAUUUUAUGCUGCAUUAAUGUGUUUUUUUUGUUAAAUGUUUUUCUUUUUUUUAAUUUUAAAUUGUUUUUAUUGAAAGUUUUCAUUUGUACAUAAAUGAACUUACAACAUA